ACCGGAGCCCGCUCGCGCCUCUAAAAUGAAGUGACCUUUCUUUUUCGCCCUGUUGCAGGAUCGGUCCGCCGACAGGCUCGAACAGAGUACCACAUCCCACAAGACAAGGAGCUUCCUCACACGGUCUGAAAGGUAAAUAUGGGUGACGUUGAUAAGGGAAAGAAGGUUUUCGUCCAGAAGUGCGCCCAGUGCCACACGGUUGAAAACGGAGGCAAGCACAAAGUGGGGCCAAAUCUUUGGGGUCUUUUUGGACGCAAGACUGGUCAGGCAGAGGGAUAUUCCUACACAGAUGCCAAUAAGAGCAAAGGCAUUGUCUGGAGUGAAGAAGCCUUGAUGGAAUAUUUGGAGAAUCCCAAGAAGUACAUUCCAGGCACAAAGAUGAUCUUUGCUGGGAUCAAGAAGAAGGGCGAGAGGGCAGACCUUAUUGCAUACUUAAAGUCAGCCACAUCAUAAUACAGCUAGAGAACGGGAAGACCGCAAUAUUUAAAUUAAAUGUUUGUAGUUUGGCUUUGAAUGUCUUUAACAGUAUCUAUUCGA